AUGUAUUAAUUAACCAAUAACAUUGCACGUUCCAGAUAAGCCAACCUGUACUGUGAUAGACAUGUCCGAACCGGCUCUGAAUCCAGAAAAGCAGAACUUACCAAACGCCACCAAUCUUGCACCAGUUACUUGCACGACUUCACUCUUGGACUCGAGCGAAAGUUUCUCGAAGAAACCAGUGAAGACUGGAUUCCCUACAUCAGGGUGGAAGCAAUUCUGGAUCUUAUUGAAAAGGACUUUCCGGAGUAUACUCAGAGACCAGAUGCUGACGCAUUUGAGGCUAUGUUCACAUACAGUGGUCGGUCUUCUCAUCGGGUUUCUAUACUACGAUAUUGGAACAGAUGCGGCAAAAGUUAUGAGCAACGCUGGCUGUAUCUUCUUCACUGUUAUGUUCACUAUGUUCACUGCUAUGAUGCCUACUAUUCUUACAUUCCCUACUGAGAUGAGCGUGUUUGUGCGAGAGCAUUUGAAUUAUUGGUACUCGUUGAAGGCGUUCUACUUCGCGAAGACUAUGGCCGACUUACCGUUCCAGAUAGUCUUCAGCGGCGUAUACGUGAUGAUAGUAUACUUCAUGACAGGGCAGCCUAUGCAGACGGAACGGGUGUUGAUGUUCGUCACCAUCAACAUCCUCACGGCUCUAGUGGCGCAGUCCCUCGGCCUCCUCAUCGGAGCCGCCAUGAAGAUCGAAACAGGCGUCUACCUCGGCCCCGUCACAACCAUCCCAGUCGUUCUCUUCUCAGGAUUCUUCGUCAACUUCAACGCAAUCCCCAGCUAUCUCCAAUGGCUGACCUACCUCAGCUACGUACGAUACGGCUUCGAAGGAGCCAUGCUCUCCGUCUACGGUUUCGAAAGAGAAAAACUCAAGUGCUCCGAGGCCUACUGCCAUUUCAGGAAACCAGACAAAUUCUUGAAAGAAAUGACCAUGGAUCAGGCGAAUUUCUGGGUGGAUGUAGGCGCGCUGUCCGCUUUCUUCGUCUUUAUAAGAGUAAUCUCAUACCUAGUUCUAAGGUUCAAGUUGAAGAUGAUGCAGUAGAUUAUGCACAAAGUUGCUUACGGCGGUUUUCCACGGAUUCUUGCGAUAUGGACGCGCGUAUUCUGCUCAAUAGCACGCCUCUGCUUUACUCGUGUGUAUCGAGCGUCCCUAUCCGGAAUUAUGAAUUAGUUUUCGAAAUAAUUAGCUUUUUAGGACGCAGAUGAGAUUUAGAUUGUUUAUACGUACCUUUAGGGGUUAGCUGUUAAGGUUUUAUAGGAGAUUGGGCCCAUGACUUAAUGUUAAGUUCCUUAAUUAGUAAUUAUGAUAUUAGUUCAUUUAAAUUUAUAACGCGAAGACAUAGGCGGUUCCACUCGUAUUUACUCAACACUUGAACAUUGCAUUCUAGAUUUUAAUUAGAUAUCCUUGAAGUACCUUUCAUUACGCUAAGGAUUUUUGGUAAAAUCUCUAUACCUAUCCUAAUUACCAGUAUUUAUUAUUAAUAAACGACUGUGAUUUUUAUAUA